UGUCAGAAAAUUUCCACCACCAUCAUCGUUUCUCUCCUCUCUAGAAUCGUAACCCUAGCAGUCCAAUUUCUACUUUGAGAUCGUAAUCCCUCAUUUUUAUGGCGUAAAGCUAUACGAAUCUCAACGAUUUAGGGUUUCUGAAGAAUCGAAGAAAGGGGCAGAGCACCAGAGGGAAGAAACAAUGUCAACGGAGACCACCGGGAAUUCAACACCGCUGCCAUCGUCCUCGUCCUCGUCAAUCGAUUCGUCUCCCUUACUUUUGAAUGGCGGAAGCAAUGACGGAAGCGUCGGCGGAGGUGGUGAGAACGGUCAAACGAGCGGCGGAGACCGGCGAUCCGUGCGGAGGCAGGGCUUGAGGGAGGCGGCAAGGUUUCUCCGGCGAGCGAGUAGCAGCCGGAUUAUGCGGGAGCCGUCGAUGAUGGUGAGGGAGACGGCGGCGGAGCAGCUGGAGGAGAGUCAGAGCAAUUGGGCAUACUCGAAGCCUGUGGUUGUGCUCGACAUCGUAUGGAAUUUGGCGUUUGUCGCCGUCGCUGCGGCUAUUCUUGUGUUGAGCCGCGAUGAGAAGCCAAACAUGCCUCUUAGGGUCUGGAUCAUUGGGUAUGCUUUGCAAUGCGUUCUGCAUAUGGCUUGCGUGUGCGUGGAGUAUCGGCGGAGAAGGACUAGGAGCUCGAGAUCUCGCUCUUCUUCGUCUUCGUCUUCGUCUUCGUCUUCUGCCAUGGAGGAAGAGGGUUUGGGUUUAAGCAGCAAUUCAGGGGAACGGUACUUGACAUUAGGGCAGCAUGAGCAAGAACACAACAGUGUUGCAAAGCAUCUAGAAUCUGCCAACACAAUGUUUUCAUUCAUUUGGUGGAUCAUUGGAUUUUACUGGGUAUCUGCCAGUAGUCAAGACUUGGCACGAGGAUCCCCCCAGCUUUACUGGUUGUGUAUAGUGUUUCUAGGUUUCGAUGUGUUCUUUGUCGUCUUCUGUGUUGCGCUGGCUUGCGUGAUUGGAAUGGCUGUUUGCUGCUGUCUACCAUUCGUCAUCGCAGUCUUAUAUGCUGCUGCAGAUCGGGAAGGAGCAACCAAAGAAGACAUUGAAGAACUUUCCAAAUUCAAAUUCCGGCGGGUUGGUGACUCUGACAAGGGUGAAGUCCAAGGAAAUAUCGGGGGAGUACUGACCGAAUGUGGUACAGACUCGCCCAUCGAGCACACUCUGCUGCAGGAGGAUGCAGAAUGCUGCAUUUGUCUAUCGGCGUAUGAAGACGGAGAUGAACUAAGGGAGCUCCCUUGUGGGCACCAUUUCCACUGCGCAUGUGUAGACAAAUGGCUCUUCAUCAACUCCACCUGCCCUCUCUGUAAAUUCAACAUCCUCAAGAGCAGCAACGACGACAGAGCAGAACAAGUCUAGUACUUCUCACUUCUGCAUGAUGUCUUAUUUGCUGUGAAAAAAUUUCUCUUGGGGGAUUGUUUGUAUCUGUAUGAAUGCUUUAUGACUUGUUCACAUUUUGAUGUUGCCAUUUUGUAUUGAUGAUGGUUGUCCAUAUUUCUUCUCCUUUUUUUCCA